UUUUUUUUUCAUCGUCUGCCUUAACCUCUCUUUGUUUCCUCUCUUCUUUCUCUCUCUCUCACACACGCACAACAAACGCUUUUCCCCCUUAUUUUUUUUUUUUAUUUUUAUAUCAAAAGUUUGUUUCUCCCUAUACUUCUUCCAUAUCUAUUUUUCCUUUUAUUCUAUUAUCAUGUCAGAUCAUAGAAACUACUCUCCACCUAGUAGAGCGAUGGGCUAUAACAAUACUUCUGAUGAUGAUUACUCUCCACGUUCGUCUCGAGACAAAUUCAGACGUGAACGAAGUAUGGAUGCUAAUUCUUAUGUAGAUUCAUAUCAAUCUAAAACUGAUGAAUAUGGAAGGUAUUCACGCAAGAAGCGACAUUUGCGUAGUCCAUCUCCUGUUGAAGACCGACGACAUAAAUAUCGACGUACAUCACCAAUGUCACCACCAUCGCACCAUAUGCAACAUUACCGUAGUAGCAAUUAUUCAAGACAAAGUCGUGACCGUGGCGAUGGUCGAGAUCUAGAGUAUCCUGAAGGUGAUCACUAUAUUCCAAAUUAUGAACGUGAUGGUUAUACACCUGGAGCCCGUUAUGGAAGGAGUGUUGAUCAACAAAAACAUCAUCAUCAUCAUCAACAGCAACAACAACAGCAACAACAACAACAACAACAAAAUCAAUCAUCCAAUACACAAAAAUUCAAUUAUGGCAUGAUGGAAAACAUGAACUCCUCCAUGGUUGGGGGUAACUGGUCUUCUAUAUCAAGAAUGCCUCUUGUUGAUCCUCACCAAUUGGAUUAUGUUGUACCAUUCAAACAAUACUGUGACUAUCUACGUCAAACACAUUCCAGAAAUCAUUUCACCGAUGAAGAAUUCCAAAAGAAAUACGAUGAAUACAAGGAAAAGAUAUCCUCCAAACAACUGGCUCAAUUCUUUAACAACAACAAGGAAAAGCAAUGGUUCUUGGAAAAAUAUCAUCCUCAAGCAUCUAAAGAACGCUUGGCCGAUACAAAACAACGACGAGCAAAUGCUUUCAACAACUUUAUGCAAGCUCUUCAAAAAGGUGAUUAUGAUCAUGUAAAAUACGACGUGGAUGGCAAAGAUUUGGAUAAUACCAACACCGAUAUUGAUGAUGGAACAGCAGCAACAACAACCAAUGAUACUACUGGAGCAUCGAAUGACGAAGCUUUUGAAAGUCAACUAGUGAUCAAGACCGUCCCUCCAACUAUUUCUCGACAAAAGAUUAUCGAUAUGUGCAGCAAAGUAGAUGGAUUCCUAUAUCUUGCCUUGUCAGAACCAAGUGUCAACAAAAAGUUUCAUCGCAUUGGCUGGAUCCACUUUACCGAAGAAACUGAUAUGCAAAAGGCAUUUGACCAAUUGGAUAAUCAAAAGAUUGAUGAUUUUGUAUUUCAUCUUGCUAUGAACCGAAAAAAUCAUUUAGCAACCUCUGGACGAACUGGAAGAACAGCACCUGAUAUCACUAAUACCUCGGAAAGACUUUCUGUAGAUUUGGAACAAGCGACACGAAUAGCGAAGAUUAUGGAUACGGAAUUAGGUGUUGAAGGACUUCAGGAUGUUGUCAACCGUGCUCAUCAAGUGGUAGAGCAACAUAUUAGCGGUUCUAUUGGUGAUGGAGUAAAGACUACGUCUAGUGACAGUAGUCAUGAUAGUAGUAUGGAGGAUACUCAUUCAACAAGCGAAAAAGAAGACAAUCAUUUGGAAACGAAAAAGGAAUUGGAUUUGAUCUUGACUUAUUUGCGACAUGUACAUAUGUAUUGUUAUUAUUGUGGACUUGAAUGCGACUCUAUUGAAGAAUUGAAUCGUCGUUGUUUGGAUCCUCAUCAUCGAAAAUUACCAUCAUCUGUAUCUUCUGAUUCGAAAAUAUCCGCAAAGAAUGAACGAUUAACUCAACAAUGGAUUAAAAACUUGGAUCAACGUAUCAAAAUGAAAAUCAAUCCUCCUGAAGAUGAUGAAGAUAUGGUCAAAAUAGGUGGAAAGUCAAUGAAAAGUGAAAUCAGUACUUUCUUGGCAGAACAUAUACAAAAGGAACAUGAUGCCAAAUUCAAAUGUAAAGUGGGAGAUUGUGCCAAAGCAUUCAAAGGUAUUGAAUUUGUGGAAAAACAUAUCAGCAGUAAACACAGUGAAGAAAUACAACGGAUCAAGGACGAAGUGACAUUUUAUAACAACUAUGUGACCGACCCCAAUCACUUAUUGUUAGCACCAAGUAGUAGUAGUAGUAGUAGUGGCAAUAUCAACAGUCCUGGUAUCAAUAACACUACUUUCUCUGGCGCAUCCCCUUCUUUUAUGAUGCAACCUGGUGGUCUAUCUAUGCAAGCAACUUCUAUGGGUACUCCAUGGGAUCAAAUUCCACGUAUUGGUUUUGGAGGGAAUGUAGGCUGGCCUAGUUCCAUGGCAGGACGGAUAGGUACAAGAUUAAGUGGUAAAAGUACAUCAGGAUCAAGUGAUAUGAUGUUGGAUAUGCCUCAAGAUCCAAGACAAGUCAAAUCCUAUGUUGAUCUGGAUGCUCCUUCUGAUGGUGAUGCCAAUAUCUCGUUUUACUAAAUAACUUUGGUCAUUCCCCUCUUUUUUUUUUUUGUUCUGUAUUAUUCUUUUUUUCUUUUUUUUUGUGAUUUGUGAUUUUUUUUUCUAGUCGGUAUUUUGUUUUCCUCCUCCUUUUCUUCUUCUUCUUCUUCUCUUUAUAUACACAAUAUAUAUAUACAUAGCUAUAUCACCUCUCUCUCACACACACACUCUCUAUUUUAAACUUUUGUUAAUAAAUUACAGCAAAAAAAGUGACAAUGUAUCUUGUUUUGUGACUUGUG